CCCUAUCACCACCACUCCUUCCUUUCUGGCCGUGCCUGCUUGUUUCGCAGGAGCUGAGAACAGGGAAAAAAAGGGGAACACGCAGUCUUUCCUAAUUGGUGAAUCGCCCGAUCGACAGGGAUCUUGACUCCGAAACCAACCCACCCCACCAUCUUUCGUCAUCUGCAUGAUUUACCCCUCGCCGUGUCCAGCUGAAAGCUUUACGAGUAUUCAAAUACCAACUUUAUCUACGACUUGAAAACUCUUAAGGGUAAGAAUUUCGAUUUACAGAACAUCACACUUCGAAAGCUCACCAAUAAUCGAUAAAUCAAUCAAUCAUGAGCGGAAGAGAAUACUACGACGACCAACAAGGUCAAGGCGGAUACGGAGGUGGUCGUCAACAGCAGCAGGGCGGCUAUGGUGGACAAGGACAAGACGACUAUGGCUCUAACCAAGGUGGCGGAUACGGUGGCCAGCAACAAGGAGGUUAUGGAGGUCAACAACAGCAAGGAGGAUACGGAGGAGGUAACCAAGGUGGAGAAUACGGCCAACAAGGAGGCAGCGGCGGAUAUGGCGACCAAAGACACCACGCUUCAGGCGGAAACCAAGAGCACUUCGGGGGCGGAAAUAUGGCACAGGGUGGUGGAUAUGGAGGAGGAGGCGGAUAUGGGGGUGGAGACGAUGAUUUGCAAGGUGCUGCUCAACAUGCUGCUCAGCAUGCGGGCGGAUCGGGAGACUCGAAUAUGUUCUCGAGUGUUCUGGGCAUGUUGAGCCAGAAUAAGCAGAGUAUUGGACAGGGUGGGAUUAAUGAGCAAGAUGCCGUUCAAGCUCAUCAAAACUUCUUUGGUGGUGGAGGUGGUUCGUCUCAGCCAGCCAGCUCGGGCAGUAUGGGCUCAGCAGCCGCCAUGCAAGCCCUGAAGAUGUUCUCCGGUGGUGGAUCCGGCCAGAGCCAGGGCGGCAACUCUCAGAAUGCAUUUGUUGGCAUGGCUAUGGGACAAGCUGCCAAACUGUUCGAUAGCCAGGCUAGUCAGGGUAAUGUUGCUUCUGGUGCGAGCAAGGAGUCUGCUAUUCAACAGGCUGGUGAGAUGGCCUUGAAGAUGUACAUGCAGAGCCAGGGCGGUGGAAGCAGCGGAUUGAUGGGACUUGCUUCUAAGUUCCUUUAAAUGGUUGGUUUGGGAUUGGGAUUGGUGGGGGUGCAUGGCUUUUAUGAUAUUUGAACAAAAAGUGGCUUCGUUGAGCUGAAGAAAUACGAUGAUAUUUUGCAUGCAUGCUUUACACUGAG